AAAACAAACAGUCUGAGCCUGAGACAGUCUGAGAGUAGUGAGUAGUAGCAGAGUUCAUCAUGGAUAAAAGAAUCCUUUGCUGGAUAUGUCUGCUGGCAUAUUUUCACACAUCCUCAGCACAAACAGCCACAUCUACUGCAGCACCAACAGCCACAUCUACUGCAGCACCAGCAACCACAACUGCAGCACCGACGACCACAAGUCCUGCAGCACCGACGACCACAAGUCCUGCAGCACCGACGACCACAACUGCAGCACCGACGACCACAAGUACUGCAGCACCGACGACCACAAGUACUGCAGCACCGACGACCACAACUACUGCUGCACCGACGACCACAAGUACUGCUGCACCGACGACCACAAGUACUGCUGCACCGACGACCACAAGUACUGCAGCACCGACGACCACAAGUACUGCUGCACCGACGACCACAAGUACUGCUGCACCGACGACCACAAGUACUGCAGCACCGACGACCACAAGUACUGCAGCACCGACGACCACAAGUACUGCUGCACCGACGACCACAAGUACUGCUGCACCGACGACCACAAGUACUGCAGCACCGACGACCACAACUACUGCUGCACCGACGACCACAAGUACUGCAGCACCGACGACCACAACUACUGCUGCACCGACGACCACAACUACUGCUGCACCGACGACCACAACUACUGCUGCACCGACGACCACAAGUACUGCUGCACCGACGACCACAAGUACUGCUGCACCGACGACCACAAGUACUGCAGCACCGACGACCACAACUACUGCUGCACCGACGACCACAACUACUGCUGCACCGACGACCACAAGUACUGCUGCACCGACGACCACAAGUACUGCUGCACCGACGACCACAAGUACUGCUGCACCGACGACCACAACUACUGCUGCACCGACGACCACAAGUACUGCAGCACCGACGACCACAAGUACUGCAGCACCGACGACCACAAGUACUGCAGCACCGACGACCACAAGUACUGCUGCACCGACGACCACAACUACUGCUGCACCGACGACCACAAGUACUGCAGCACCGACGACCACAAGUACUGCUGCACCGACGACCACAAGUACUGCUGCACCGACGACCACAACUACUGCUGCACCGACGACCACAACUACUGCUGCACCGACGACCACAACUACUGCUGCACCGACGACCACAAGUACUGCAGCACCGACGACCACAAGUACUGCUGCACCGACGACCACAAGUACUGCAGCACCGACGACCACAACUGCUGCAGCACCGACAACCACAACUGCUGCAGCACCAACGACCACAACUACUGCAGCAACAAUCACAACUGUAGCACCAACCACUACAACUGCAGCAACAACAAUCGCAACUACUGCACCAACGACCACAACAGCAGCACCAACGACCACAACAGCAACACCAACGACCACAACUACAACGCCAACGACCACAACUACAACGCCAACGACCACAACACCAACGACCACAACUACAACGCCAACGACCACAACACCAACGACCACAACUAUAACACCAACCACAACACCAACGACCACAACCACACCAACACCAACGACCACAACCACACCAACACCAACGACCACAACCACAACACCAACGACCACAACUACAACACCAACGACAACACCAACGACCACAACCACACCAACACCAACGACCACAACCACACCAACACCAACGACCACAACUACAACACCAACGACCACAACUACAACACCAACGACCACACCAAGUACAACACCAACAACCACACCAAGUACAACACCAACAACCACACCAACACCAACGACCACAACUACAGCACCAACGACCACACCAACAACCACAACCACACCAACAACCACAACACCAACCACAAUACCAACGACCACAACCACAUCUACAGCACCAACGACCACAACUACAACACCAACGACCACACCAAGUACAACACCAACAACCACACCAACACCAACGACCACACCUACAGCACCAACGACCACAACUACAACACCAACAACCACACCAACACCAACCACCACAACCACAACACCAACAACCACACCAACACCAACAACCACACCAACACCAACGACCACAACUACAGCACCAACGACCACACCAACAACCACAACCACACCAACAACCACAACACCAACCACAACACCAACGACCACAACCACAUCUACAGCACCAACGACCACAACUACAACACCAACGACCACACCAAGUACAACACCAACAACCACACCAACACCAACGACCACACCUACAGCACCAACGACCACACCUACAGCACCAACGACCACACCUACAGCACCAACAACCACACCAAGUACAACACCAACAACCACACCUACAACACCAACAACCACACCAACCACAACUACAGGACCAACGACCACAACUACAACACCAACGACCACCACUGCACUGCACACCAACCACCACAACUACAGCACCAACCACCACAACACCAACCACCACAACACCGACCACAACCACAACACCAACCACAACACCAAUGA